CAGCUACAACAAUAACAUCUAUCUGUCAAUGUGGAAAAUUACCCAGAUAUGUCCUGUCUAAAAAAGCAGGACAAAUCCAAUCUGAACAAUUACCACCCUGUCAAUUUACUCUUAAUUGUCAGUAUUGUGAUGGAAGAGGUUGUUGACCGUGCUAAGAAACAACUUUUGAUAAGCUAUAACCUGCUCACUGUUCACCCAGUUUGGGUUCCCCCAGGGCCACUCAGUUCCUCACUACAGCUGUGGUCCAAACAUGGACAAAACAACUGAACCCAGAGAUGAUUUGAGAGCAACUGCCCUUGAUAUCAAGGCUGCGUUUGACUCUGUGGCAUCAAGGAGCUGUAGAAAGAUUGGAGUCAACGGGAAUCAGAGUAAAAACUCUGCACUGGUUCAAGUCAUACCUAGCACAGAGGAAGAUGUUUGUGGCUGUUAGAGGUCAAUCACCUCAAUUCUAGGGCAUCUCUGCAGGAAUUCUUUAUUAUAAUGUCUAGGCCUAACCAUUUUCAGCUGCCUCAUCAAUGACCUUCCUUCCUUCAUCGGAUCAGAUGUGGGGAUAUUCAUUGUACAAUCACCAAUGUUCAGCAUUAUUUAUGACGCCUUAAAUAAUGCUGUAUUCUGUGUCUAAUGCUGCAAGAACUGUACAAUAUGAAGGCUUGGACUGAUAAGUGAAUCUCUUCUGUCAGGCGGAUUUGAUUGUUUUCACUGACGUGUUAACUGGAGAAUGAAGUGCCACAGCUGAGAGGCUCCAACCACUGCCAUUGUCACUAACAUCACAGAUCAAUAGGACAUUGGAAAUCCAUUAACCAAAGAAAACUUCAUGAUAGCGAAUUAUUGGCUUUCAAAGCUUUCUCCGCCUAGUCAGUUCCACACAUUUGAUGAUGUCGAGCUCAGAUCCAGAAAGGGAAUAUGUAGAAGAAUACUCAGAGAUGGAUAAAGUGGCAGAGCUUCAACAGGAGCACCUGGCGCAGCAGGUGGCUGCUGUGCAGGUAUCUGAGGAUCCCUCUUUAAGGUAUGUUGGGACGGGAUGCCAGAGCACUGGGGUCAAGGACUCAGACCAGUCUAAAGUUAAACGAGAGACUCACACCAAUGGAAUAAGUGAGGACAACACCAGAAUCUACAAGAGUGUGAGCAGUGUGACAAAGAAGAUAGCCUCACGGCCUAAACUCUCUAGCAGGAAGCUAUCCCUUCAAGAACGUUCUUCGGGAAAUGCUCUCUCAGCCAGUGGUGUCCUACCGAGCUACGGUGCCUAUUCAACUGGGCCACUGCCUUCUGUAAGACGGCCAACUAUUGAGUCCAGCCGGAUAAAUAUGGUCAACUGCCAGGAUUCCACGCAGCUGAACCAAUACACGCUGAAGACUGAGAUUGGAAAGGGUUCCUAUGGUGUUGUGAAGCUGGCCUACAAUGAAAAUGAUGACAAGCAUUAUGCCAUGAAGGUACUUUCUAAAAAGAAGCUGAUGAAACAGUAUGGAUUUCCACGUCGUCCUCCUCCCCGAGGAUCGAAGCCCACCUCUACCGAACAGUCAAAAGCCCCCGCGCCUCUGGAGCGGGUCUACCAGGAAAUAGCCAUACUGAAGAAACUGGACCACCCCAACAUUGUCAAGCUGGUAGAGGUUCUAGAUGACCCCACUGAAGACCAUCUACACAUGGUAUUUGAACUCAUGAGUAAAGGGCCUGUGAUGGAGGUACCGACAGAUAACCUAUUCUCGGAGGAACAAGCACAUUUUUACUUUAGAGAUAUCAUCUUGGGCAUCGAAUACCUACACUACCAGAAGAUCAUUCAUCGAGAUAUCAAACCUUCAAAUCUGCUCCUGGGAGAUGAUGGCCAUAUUAAAAUUGCUGACUUUGGAGUAAGCAACCAGUUUGAGGGGAACGAUGCCUUGCUGUCCAGUACAGCCGGGACUCCAGCAUUCAUGGCACCAGAGACUCUCUCUGAGACCAGGAAGAGCUUUCAUGGGAAGGCUUUGGAUGUCUGGGCCAUUGGUGUGACCUUGUAUUGUCUGGUCUUUGGCAAGUGUCCGUUUAUGGAUGACUACAUCCUGGCACUUCAUGCCAAGAUUAAGAACUGGCCUGUGGAGUUUCCAGAAAAACCAGAAAUCAGUGAAGAGCUGAAGGAUUUGCUUCUCCAGAUGUUGGAUAAGAAUCCUGACACUAGGAUUACAGUUCCACAGAUAAAGAUGCAUCCAUGGGUGACAAAGAAUGGGACUGACCCUCUUCCACUGGAGGAGGAGCAUUGCAGUGUGGUUGAAGUCACUGAAGAGGAGGUGAUGAACUCUGUCAAGUUAAUCUCCAGCCUCUCAACUGUGAUUUUGGUGAAGGCCAUGUUAAGGAAACGCUCCUUUGGAAACCCAUUUGAGUUUCAGAGCAGGAAGGAGGGAAGGUCCAUGUCGGCACCAGGAAAUCUUCUCAUGGACAAGACUGUGUUUCUGAAUUCUUCAAAAAGGCAUCCUUCGUUAAGGAAGGAGAGCAGUGGGGACGCAGGGAAGGAGAUGGAACUGCCAGAUGUUUGCGAGGAUGAAGCAAUUUCCUGAGUGUCCUGAGCAUGUGCAUGCUGUGUUCGGCCUGUCGCACCCUGGUAUUUGACCUAUCUUUGCUCAGCUCAAGAAAAAUCACUUCCACCUUCAAGUGUCAUUCCUCAUGGCUGUCACCAACCAAAGCAUCUGAGGAGAAGGAGAGAGAUUCACGCCAUCCAGCCCAUGUUGACACAACAAGACUACAGAGAAAUACUUUGGAUUCCUGUUUUACAGAUUGCCUUGCCAAGCAAAACAACACCAGAUAGGGUUUGUAAAUAGAAAGUUUUAUUGUCAAAGAUCAAACUGUUCAUCAUCCAAUCAAUCCAUCAUUGCCCAUCUGUCAUAUGAGCUAUUGUUGGGCUUUGUAAGGCUGCUGGAUUCCAAUCACAAAUGAUCGUUUCUGAUACAUCUACAUUGAACCAUUCAGUGGCUCUUCAGCUACUUUUGCUGCAGUGAAGAAUAACAUGGAAACUUGGUUUGGAUAAACUGUGCAAUCUGCAGUUUAUCGACGGACAUGUAUCAACUGAGUGCCGUAAACCUGGUGGUCUUAUGUAACAGAAAUACAGACAUUUCCUUUUAUUCCCUGCAGACUAAUGCAGUUCUGCCAAGGCACUGUUAUGACAGUGCUGUGUGAACCUCAGAGCUGUGGUACUUAACAUUCCAAAGAUUAGUGUCUCUGAAGUCACUCUUUAGUUAGUAAUGUAUAACAUUAGUGAUUUAUCAAGCAAGCAUCAUGGUAAUAAGUGAAUGGAUCAUAAAUAAGUUAGCCUUUUAAUUAUUUUGCUGGUUCAGUGAUUGAUUGACACCAUUCCCUGCUCUCUCACUUAGGGCUACAGAUCUGCAAAAGAUAGAAAUUUCAGUCAUGAUAAUCUGUAUGGUUUUGGACCUAAUAGUUAAUCCAGGAUUGUGGAAACUCUCAUCCGGUCAGAAUUCAAGGGGUCAUGCAGAGAAGCCUGUAAUUCUUCAUUCUAUAUUGGAAUGUUGUUGCCAUUGAACUGAGUGGCAUGCUAGGCUCAUUUUAGAAGGCAAUUAAGAGUCAUCCACAGAGUUUUAAGCUACAUGGAGUCACGGGGGAAACAGGCACAUGGCAAAAAGACAUGUAGUAUACAGGCACAUGGCAUAUAGGACACAGCUAUGACAAAGUUUACAAUCACACAACAUGCAGUGAUGUGGUAGUUAACAGUCAUAAAGCAUGGGCUCAUGAUGUUUACAGGAAUAACACAGUCACAGAACACAGUGACACACCACGCAGCCAUACAGUUUACAGUCACACAGUUUACAGUCAGACAUUUUGCACCUUAUUGUAACAUAGUUUACAAUCUCUCAGCUACUGUUACAUGAUUUAUAGUUGCACAGGCACCAGUUGUUAGCAUUGACCAUCUAAGUUUCCAAUUUUUAAACAAAAACUUCCUGAGAAAAUACUUACUGUGAUCUGUCAAAAUGAUCCUUCAUUCACUGUUGGCUAUGUGAGAAAUGUGUAACUUUUUUUUAAAAUAUUGGGUAUGUCAAUGUUGAAUUUAACCAAUUAAUUUUAGUGUUAAGAUAUAAUGAUGUAUUUGGUUGGUCAACGAUGUGUGUUGCUGAAUUAUACGAGCAACUGAUGUGUUUUCUGAAGGUGGUCAUUGUUACAACUAGAGGAAACCGAAUAGCACAUUUAAUUGUCUCACUUACACUACACAGGGGUUUGCAUUUACUGCUCACCCCAGAGUAGGGAGUAAAGGAUAAUACAGAAGGAAAGCAGAAGGCCAUUCAUCCCUUUGAGAAAGUUAGAUCAUUCAAUUAGACCGUGAAUGAUCUCCACCUCAACUCCAUUUUACUGAUCUUUGCUCCAUAUUUGUUGACACCCUUACCCACUAACCCGAAACAAGAAAAACAAAAAUGAAAUGAAAGCUGUUCCUGAACUACAGAAUCCAGAAUCUUCUGGACAGUGAAUUCCUUUUCUCCACUACUUCACCCAUUCCCCACUCACUUCCGUGCUCACUGACCUGCAUUGACUCCCAGUCUAUCGUGGCUGACCAUCCAACUUAGUACCCUGUAUGUGCUUUCUCCCCAUACCCUUUCAUCCCUUUAGCCCUAAGAAUUGUAUCCAACUCCUUGAAAACAUUCAAUGUUUUGGCCUCCACCACUUUCUGUAAUAGAGAAUUCCACAGUUCCUCAUCUGAGUCCCAAAUGGCCCAUUUCAAUGGACUGUGACCCUUGGUUCCGGACUGUUAAUGAUCAAGAACAUCCUUCAUGCAUUUAACCUGUUAGAAUGUAAUAGGUUUCUAUGGGAUUCCUCGAAACUCCUUUCAAUAUAGUCCUAACUGAUCCAGUUUCUCUCCAUAUGUCAGUUCUGCCAUCCCAGGAAUCGGCCUUAUUGCACUCCCUCCAUAGACAGGACAUCACUCCUCAGAUAAGGAGACCAAAAUUGCACACAGUACUCCAGCUUGUGAUCUCAGCAAGGCCCUGUACAAUUGCAGUGAGAAACUAGUGCACAAGAGUCAUCCUCAAGAUUGAACUAAAGCUUUCUAUUCCUUUAUCAUUGUCCUUUAUUGGUUUGCACUGAUUGUGAUAAGGGAAAAUAGUACAAGGCUAUAAUUAAUAGUCAGAGCUCUGUUUGAUUCCUAUUAAACCACUGACCUUUUCAUAAACAUUACUGACCAAUGUAAAGUCAGCUACUGAGAUUGCAUUAUAAUUGUGUGGGAUCAGAUUCUCAUUCUGACUACCAGGCACGAAAGAGAAACUGCAUUUAAACUCAUGUACCUUUUCCCCAGUCAGUGAAUGUUUUAUCAAUGAGGUUAAUAAGAUAGUACAGCCUCCCAGCAAGAUGAAUAGUCGCUCAGGGGACUGCCAUAUAAGAAAUGUCAUGAUGCAUUCAGCUAAAAUCUCCAGCACCCACUAUUGAUGGUAUCCAAACUCCUAAAGCUAUUUAGUGCAUUUUUGCUCUGCAACUGAAGCUUUCUAUCGAAAAUCUACCCUCAGACUAUCUCGAGUCAAACUGAGGACUGAUAUCACUCCUCACCCUGAACAUCUGUCUGUGAACAGAGCUGUAUCGAAUAUAAUUACUGUCACCGGGUAUUACCUGAGCAACACACAUUUGUUAAGUAGAUAUGUAAUUAUUUUGUGACUUGCAACACUGAUUGUGUCCAAGAGUUGCAAGUAGCUCUUAUAAAAUCAUCCGUGAGAGUCAUAAGCUGCAAUUCUAUAUGUUCUAUCUUGAAGAACAGAUGGUAGAGGUGGAAGGGGUGGGCAAAAGCAGUGGGCAGCAUGCAUGUAAACUGGGCAUUAGCUCCAUUAGGAAUUACCACCCAGUAAAGACGUUGUUGCACAUAGGGUCACUGAGAGGUAGCAUUGUAUCUCACUGUUGCUAGUGUGCAGGUUUAUCUGCUCACCACUGGUCACCAACUUAGUCCUUACUAUCCCCAAGUGGGAUUGCAAGCUAGAAGUUUGGGUUCACAGCCUCAGAUAAAGGUGGCCACUGUGGAACUCUCACCUAAUCAUAACCUCAGAGGGAAACAUCAAUAAAGUAAAACAGUAGUACUUAGAAAUGAACAUAAUGACUGUGAUGGAGCUCUAUUUUGAGACAUACAACACGAGUCAGACCACUGAAUCUCAGGCCCCCUUCCUGCUCUCCCUCAGCCCCCACUGCUUGCUCUCUCAGAUAUUUUAUAGAGUCAUACAGCACAGAAACUGAUGCUUUGGUCCAACCAAUCCAUGCUGACCAUAAUCAUAAACUAAACUCCUCUCACUUGCCUGUGCUUAGCCCAUAUCAUUCCAAACAUUUCUUACUCAUGUACUUAUCUAAAUGUCUUUUAAACGUUGUAACUGUAACUGUCUCUACCA